GUUCGUUUGCUGGAUAGGACAGUGUGCCGUGUGAUCUCUCCUCAUCGUUUGAUAAAUGACAUCCAGUCUAACGCUCGCGGUCUGGCCAAGGGCCUACACGGACAGCACCUGCGUGGACAUGUCGUGAGCAGGUUAGGACCCUCGUCGGAUGCCGCGUCCCAACCUGUGGAUCCUCGCUGGUCCGCGAUGAGACGCAAUGCUGCAUGCACUGGACGCAUCUCAUUUUGACAGCAAGUAAAAGCUGAUUUUGUUGUUUUAAGAGCACGCACCGCUGCCUUUCCCGACUUCUCUUGGAUUGUGGAUCAGAAGAAAGCUUCAAGACGGAGGGGGUGGUGGAGCAUCGAGCAAAAAACAGGGGCAAUAUGAGAGAGCGGGACUUUAUGCCCAAUAUGGAGAGGGGCAAACCUGCCACUUAUACAGGGGACAAAAAGGCCAAGAUGGCUGCUAAAACCAAUAAGAACCUCAUCUGGAAGCCCACCAGCGCAUCCUCGUCCGCAUCCGCUGCUAAACCGGGGGUCACGGUUCCCCCGGCGAACAUCACCGCUAACGUGUCCGAGUGGAACUCCACGCAGUUGUCAGUCAACCACACCGCCAGGCAGGGCUCGACCCAGCACACCCGGGCUUUUCAAUGGGACCACAGCGAGGAGAGCGACGAUUUGGCGGAUGGACUUUACGCGUCGCCCCGCGCAGCCACGCAGAGAUCGGGAAGUGUGGACGAGGAGACGCAAGUGGAGGGGGAGGAAGAGAAGGAUCCAGGAGAUCGAGUGGAACGUGAUCCGGGUCAGGUAGCCUCUGAUGCGACCACCGCGCCACCGAGCUCCGGGUCGAGAUCUGAGUGACCGCCCCCCCCUUCCCAAGCCCUCCAUCCCUCCCACAAUAAUGUAUCCCACACGUAGGCCUUUGCAGACGAGACAGCCGCUGGUCGGACAGAAACACACAUUAAUCAUUUGCAAAUCCAAUUAUGGAUUUGGACCUUCACUUUAGACCUGAUACCUGACCCAUGACUGAAGUUAAGGGACCCCGCUCGAUAUAAAGAAGUAAAAGAACCCCCAACUAUGCUGUUUUUUUUAAGUUUGUUUGUCUGUUUAGGCCAUUUGUAUGCCUUAAAUCCAUGUUGGACUGUUUUAAGGACCUGUCUAUAUAUGGGUGGAUAAUUCCGGUAAAGAUAUUUUGCCUAAAUAACCGGAUAGGAAUCGCUUCCAUUCAUCAACACUGACUUGUUGCAUUUUGACAUAUAGGCUGUAUUUACUUUUACGAAUCAAGCCUGGAUUUCAAGUAGAAGAACUUGCGUUGUUGAAUUAUGCUCAGGUAUGUGCAUAUAACUUUGUAAAUGUAUUGUGCGAUUGGUUAUGUACAGAAUAGAGAAGCGGGCAUACUUUUUUUUUUGGGCUUUGAUAAACCUGGUGUAAUUAGACAAUUUUUAUUAAAGGUACCUUAUGUACAAUAGGUAUAUCACAAAUAUACAAAUAAACAACCUGAAAAAUA